GCUUGCUUAUAUGUCAAGCACAUUUAUACUGAAGAAUUUCCGUUUCCAAUAGAAAAAAAUCGCAGACGAUAAUGAUUAUCACUUUGUCAAUUGAUUUGCAAGAUUCCACAAGACUCCUAGUUAGUUGCUAACUAGAUCAAGAUUUAUUAUGUGUCAUGUCACAACGCACUAAAGUUAUUCAUUUAUAUAAAACGCUGUUGUACAUGGGCCGAGAUUAUCCGAAGGGAUAUCAAUAUUUCAGGACCAAGCUAAAGAGAGCCUUUGACAAAAACAAAACAGAGACCGACCCCGAAAAGAUAGAUAAAAUGAUAAAUCAUGGUAAUUUUGUAAUAAAAGAGUUAGAAGCUUUGUACAUGUUGCGCAAGUACAGAACAUUGAAGAGAAGAUACUAUGAUCAAUAAAAGGAAAGAGUUUACAUGACUGAGUUGAGUUUACAUCAACUGUAGAUGUGUAAUAAUAAUGCUAUAUAAAUUACUACUAUGUUUUGUAUAUAAAUUGAUUAAUAUGUAAUUGUCAUAAAUUAGAAUUAGUCUACAUCUAAUGUGUAUAUUUGUACUGCGCUAAUGUUUAUAUUUUAUGCUUUAUAAGUAAAAUGUUUCGUCUAAAGAA